AUGGUACAGCAAGGCGAGAACGUCAGCGAGGUCUAUUAUGAGCUGAGCUGGUCCAUCCUCAGCACGAUCGGCAUUGCCAAUGUCCUCUUUGGACUGAUGGUCGCCGGUAUAACGAGCUUCUCCCCCGUUGCAAUUGUUCCUAUCGUCACUUCGGCCGCUGGUGCCAUCGCCAACGGUCUCUGCUACUAUGCCUACUACGAUCUUUCGAAUCCUAUCAAGGGACAGGCAAUAGCCUCUGCGAUUGCGGAUGUGCUAUGGAUGGUCCAAGAAGCCGGACUUUCAUUCUACAGUUACAUCAUCCUAAGCCGAGUCCUUCGAAACCGACAAUGGGUCAUCUUUGCGUGUCUCUUCUGGAUCAUGAUUGUCGCCAUCAUGGCCAUCCGCGUAGUCAUCGCUGCAGUCAGGGCACGACGCAUCUUGGACGAGUCAACAGGAGAGCAAACCAUCAUCAACAAUCUUCACAUGGGAUACUUUGUCCUGAUCGCCCUCCUCGAAUGUGUCAGCGCCUUCUUCCUCCUUCGAGUUUUCGGAUCGGCCAAGUCGACAUCGCUCAAGGCGGCUAUCAAGGCUGGUCUGUUCCGCUAUUUGAUGAGGAGCACCGAGGUUCGGCUUGCGCUGCUGGCAGUGCUGGGUAUUAUGAGGGCUAUCACGUACUCUUUCCAAACGGCUUCUCAGAGUGCGACAAAUGUUGCGUCGCAGCUUGAUCGAUUCGCAUACACCAUGGAGUGCAUGUUCCCAGUCAUGAUGCUUAUCGACAUCCUCGCCUCCAAAGUCGUCUUCCACAACCAAGUCUACGGCUCCUCAUCCCACAGCCGACCCAUCCCAGGCUACCCACAUCGACAGUUCACAGGCGGCAACGACCUAAUCCUGACGACGAACCAAGGCGAACACAUUGUCGAAGUGCAAGGCGGAGAUACAAAUCACGAUCGAACGAGCUCGCAGGAACGCAUCAUCAGUCGCAGGGAAAAUCGGAAACCGUCAUCCGAAAUUGAUCUGGAAGAGAUGGAUCCCAAACAAAUCGGCAUCAGCAAGACGGUUGCGUUUGAGGUGCGUAAUUCGAGUGCUAGCAAUAGCAUACGAUGA